AUCACGUGCUGCCUUUCGUACAGACGUUAUUUAACCAUUUUGUAUAGCAAAUAUUGCUAAAGAGAUUUGCCCCUCUUGCUCCACCAAGACUGUACUUUACUGAGUAGUCUACUGAUCCCAUUCUGUCUCACCUGGCCAUUUAUCUCUUGCCACUAAUUCCCAGAUAUUAAACACCAUUACUCCCUCUAGUCAAUCAAUAUAGGAUGGCUAGAAUCCCGGCGAAACACCGAGCCGAACACAAAUUCGUUACAUAUUAGUGCUUAUUGUCAGGCAGGUCGAGUCGGCAUGUCGAUAAGUGGACUCUCUCAGUAUGUAGGAGGACACUAUUAUCGUGUGGCUUGGACGUUUAGACUUGCCCCACAGCGAUAUGAGGCAUAUGAUUGCACCUUGGCUUUCGCCCCCAAAUUGUGAGGUUGCGACGUUGAUUCCAACGCAGACCAACCUUCUUCCAUAAACCUACCCGUGCUACGGCGACGAUCUCGUGUGUCAAAAGCUUGUACACAUUUAAGCCUGUGUUGCUGCAGCCAUGAAACCAACUAUUGUCUUCGUGCCGGGUGCAUGGCUUGUUCCCGAGUUCUACAAACCCUUCUUGGAAGCGGUUCAGACAGCGGGGUUUCCGACAGUUACAGCUGAGCUACCGUCUCUGGAUCCAGUUGAUCCUACCGCUGCUGAUUGCGCGACGGAUGCCGCGAGCAUCCGACGUCUCGUGUGCUCCUUGGUGGAAGACAAUGGUCUCGACGUGGUGCUCGUGAUGCAUUCAUACGCAAGUAUGCCGGGAGGUGCGGCUGCCAUAGGGCUCUCAAAGUCAGAGAGAGCUAAAGAAGAGAAGAAAGGAGGGGUGUUGGGAUUAGUGUGCAUGGGUGCAUUCUUGGUCCCCGAAGGAGUCAGCUGUGCUGGGACGCAAGGUGGCAACCUACCGCCGUGGAUUUUAUUGGAUCAGCCGGCUACCGGCCUCAAUGUGCCCGAUCAGCCAGAGAAGACCUUCGCUGCAGAUGUCAGUGAGGAACAGGCGCUAGCGAUAAGCAGUGUGAUCAAGCCGCAUGCCAGCCUCGCCUUUUUCUCCGCCCAGCCUUCCCCUGCAUGGAUUGACCCCGCAUUUACCGGGAGGUUGGCAUAUGUUGUGACCACCGAGGAUCUGGCUGUUCCUAAGGUCGCUCAGUACGGCAUGAUGUCGGGAACUGGUCAGCAGUGGCAUGUGCGGGAAAUCGAGAGCAGCCAUUGCGCGCCGUUCAUCACUAAAGUGGCAGAAAGUGUGGAGGUAUUGCAGGACUUCAUUCAGGCAUUUGAGAUACUAUGAGCUAAGCCUGCCA